GAGUCUGUUGUUUACUCUGUCUUCUCCCGCUGCCAUCAUGAAGGUUAUGCUCCUCGUCCUCCUCGGCCUGGCCGCCCUCGCCGCCGCCCUCCCCGAUGAGAUCCUUGACUUUGAGGGCGACGACGCCGAGCACGACCAGGAGGGCGAGCCAGGCAAGGCCGUCACAGGAGAGUACAAGUGGGAGAGCCCCGAGGGCAUCGAGUUCGUAGUGAAGUACAUUGCGGACGACAAGGGCUUCCGCGUCCUCGAGUCCAACGCCGUGCCCUCCGCCGGCGGCGUCCGCGCUGACGGCGAGCAGGCCGACCUCGAGGGUGACGAGGACGACGACGAAGAGGACGAGGACGACAAGUAAACAGAAUUGAGAAGCGAUUCUGCGACACGUAAAGACGGUGCCGCGCGUACGGAGCGUCUUCGGCCGACCUUCUCACGCCAUUUCAUCUAAUUUAUCAGCAUCUGACAUUCUUUACCUUCCAUGCAAUCCUUUUGUAAAUAAACUUUCGACAACAUAA